AUUAUAGUUGUAUGCAUAUUGUGACAAAAUAAACAAUAUUUGUUGAUUAGAGUAUAUAAUAUAUACGUGAUCUGUACACGCUUUGGUAUAAGCAGACAUGCGCACAGCAAGAAUACAACGUGAGCGAAUGCGAAUAUACAAGGGUAUUCGUUCGACAGCGUGGGUUAUGUUGAUUAUCGGGAUACUGGUGGUUUCCUCUGGUUUUGCAAUACAAGGCGAAUACAGCAAGGUCCAUUGGAUCAAGCGCGACCCUAAUUACAUAGACACUCGUUGCUUGUAUGAAAUACCUGUACCAGAAACGUACGAACAAUAUUGGUGUGGCUUCUUGGUCUCUUUUACCGCUUUUAUUCUUCUUGCUAACCACAGUCAAUGGCCCGUCAUAGAAAAACAACUCCCGACACUUUUAAAGAAGAAAUCAUCUUUCUGGGUAAUGGUUGUUCUAUCGAUGUUCUCCGGGUUGGCGGUCAUGAGCCAGGAUGGAGAAACUUUGGGGAGAGUUCGCCAAUAUGAUUUAAGUAGCAGUCGUUGCGAAGAAUACGAUCACGCUCAAGACGAAGCAAACAGAUUUCAUCUCCGCCAAAUAUUGCGAUGGUUGUACUUAGUUGUUUUAUCUGCAAAUGCCCUCGUUGUGGUUUGUCUCAUGCUGAUCAUUUCGUUCUUCGCUAACUGGAUCCUGGAUGUCAUAGUGAGUGUUUCUAAUCUUGAGCAUGAAAGUUCCGUGGGAGAUCUACCACCCCCGGCUUAUACACCUGAGCAUUUUCCAAGUUUUGCCAACGAUGUUCAACAAGAUCGUAUGCCACUGCUGGCCAAUGAAGCACCAUACCAGCGUGUACCACUGCAUGACAAUACGUCACAGUACUAUCAUGCACCAGUGAUGCCUGAUCAGCAGGAUAACAACCAUAUGCUCGCGCAUGGCAGUGAGCUGCGACAACAGCUCCACCAACAUACGUCACCACAAUCGGCCCCAGUAACACGCGAGUGUGCUGAUCGUCUACCUCCGCGUAAUAACUCCCAACAUUCACCGUGUCCUCAUUGCAAUCAUUCAUGCCGCCCACAAGAGAGUCUCCCCACCACAAUAUCGUCGCAACGCGAUACACAAGAAGAUUGCCAACCACAACAACAACAACAACCACAACAACAACAAGAACAACAGCCAAAACAACAACAACAACAACAACAACAAGCAUGCACAAAAUAGUCGUGUAAAGUUUGAUCAUGCGGACAUCCAACAACAAUGACAUUAUUAUUCUUUCUUGCACCUCUUGAUUAAAUAUUAUGUUAUAUAUAUAUAAGAGGUGAAAGAAAGAAUAACGUCAAUUGCUGUUCUGCUAUUACAUAUAUACAAAUAUAAUAAUAUAUAAAAAUUGUAGAAAAAUAAAUUUAAAAGGAAAUUUUUUAAAAGCUAAUAUAAUGGAACUAUUGUAUGGAUUUCAGUUGAAAAUUGU